AUGAACAUUCCAACAACCAACAGUUUCCUCCUCCUCCUCCUCCUCCUCGUCGACCUCGACCUCGACUUCGACCCCGAUAUCGCAUCUCUCCACGGAUUCGCUCAUUGGCCUUUUACGUCUCCCUCCGUCAUGCCUGGAAAAACCUUGCCGCUCUUUUCUGUUGCAGAGCUCAAAUCACAUACGACGGCCAAAUCGUGCUACGUAACACGAGGCUCCAAGGUCUACGAUGUCACCUCCUUCGUCAACGAUCACCCGGGCGGAGGUGACUUGAUCCUGGACUAUGCCGGCCAGGACGUUUCUGAGAUCAUGCGCGACAUUCCAUCCCACGAACACUCCGAGGCUGCGUAUGAGAUAUUGGAGGAUCAUCAUGUUGGGUUCCUCGAAAACCCCCUAGUCUCCAAGAUGAAUGGCAAUGGCGAUGCUGCUGCUGCCGCCGCCAAAGGCUCAAAUAUGGAUGGGGCGACGGAUAGCCCAAAACCGACCUACAGUUCCACAGGCAUGUCAAGUGAGGAAGAUCUAAAUGUCGAAACCGACCUAACCGCGGAUUAUCGGACACAUAAGUUCCUGGACCUAAACCGGCCACUCUUUGGACAACUAUGGUAUGGUGGUUUCACGAAGGAUUUCUAUCUACAACAGGUUCACCGCCCACGACACUACAAGGGCGGGGAAUCCGCUCCCCUGUUUGGGAAUUUCCUCGAGCCAUUGACGAAGACUGCGUGGUGGAUGGUUCCAUUGAUCUGGUAUCCGGCAGCUGCCUACGGAACGGUUGUGGGCUUCACUGGCUUGCAGAAUUAUACCGUCGGAGCUGCAUAUUUGCCUGAUAAUCGCGUUGGACUGAGUCUACACUUCCUUGCGCACGGUAUCCACCACUACCUCCCCAUGGACAAAUAUCGCCUUGUCAUGCCCCCAACACUAUUCAUCAUAAUUGCAACACCUUUCUACUAUCUCUCAAAGUCCGUCUUCUUCUAUAACUGGUAUGCAGCCUUGACCGUUUUCUCGGGUGGAGUAUUCGAAUACGUAUGCUAUGACAUGACACAUUACUUCCUCCACCAUCGCAGUCUCCCGUCAUACUACAAGCAACUCAAGAAAUAUCACCUCCAACACCAUUUUGCCGAUUACAAUAAUGGUUUCGGCGUCAGCAGCCGCUUCUGGGACAAAGUAUUUGGCACAGAACUCCCGCCUCUCCAGCCCGUUAAGGUCGAAUGAAUUCUCAGCCCAGCAUAUUUAACUUAAUUGAAGUCGCGCCCCGUCUGUCAGACAGGACAGUCAUCAUCUACACCCCACUUAGAGCCCUACUCAGAACCCUAGUUUUGGUUACUGGAUUUUUUUUUCUCCCUCAUUCAGUAUCCCCCGUCGCUUGCAUUCUCUCGGUACAUGGAUUAUGCCUACGAAAGCCAACAAACCGCCAGCCUCCCGCUGCUUCUUCUCUUCCCUCUCCUUCUUGCUACUUAAUUGAUAUAUAUGGCUAUAUACUCCUUUCCCCCCAAACACGAAAACCGAAGUCCAGGCGCGUUUUUACUACGCACGGACGCUGUCCCAUUAUUUUGUUCGAUCUCGCAUAGGAUAAUCAUCUUUUUCUCGUUUCUUCUCAAUUCCCUUAAUUCUUUUUUACUUUCUUCUCUCUGUUACCCCACCUUGUUCGAGCUACUUUUGAAUCUCCGAUAUAUUGCAAUGUGACUGGAUCCAUCUUUUUUAAUGUAACGUUGUAUCUUAUAACUAUAAGAAUCCUAUUUAAUAUCCCUCGGGGCUGCCAG